AUGCAAAUGAUUCAAAAUGCCAUGGAUGAGGCUAAUAAAUUAAUUGAGCAACAAGAAUUAGCAAAGACGUUGACCCAAACGUCAGAACAUCUGGAAAAUACUGAUCCUCUUGAUGCAUUACAAGUUAUAAAAGAUGUUCAAGAUUUGAUUGAAAAGGUUUGUGAAAAAGAAAAUGAUAGUGACUUAGAUGACUUAGAUGAAUCUAUCAAAAAUUUCAAUAAUGAUCAAUUGAGAAUAUUUAAUACAAUUACAUCUACAAUAUCAUCCGGCAGUAAAGUAAUGAGAAUGUUCGUUAGCGGAUUUGAAGGUACUGGUAAAAGUUAUCUGAUUGAAAACUUGGUUUUAUGGAACAAACGAAAGAGAAACAAAAAUACCGCUGUUGCGGCUCCAACAGGUAUCGCAGCAUUUAAUAUUGAGGGAUUGACAAUCCAUAGAUUAUUACAAUUACCUGUAGAGCAAGGAGGCACGGCAAAAUAUAAAUCUCUAUCCGUUAAUACGUUGAAAAGAGUACGGCAAAGUUUUAAGGAUGUAGACUUUAUUAUCAUUGAUGAGAUUUCGAUGAUAUCAAAUAUAACCCUUAUAUAUAUCCAUUUACGUCUGGUAGAGAUUUUUGGUACAUCGGACAAAGAAGACGGUUGGUUUCGUAAAAUACAUAUUAUAGUAUUUGGAGAUUUACUGCAACUACCACCUGUGCGAGAAGAUUUUGCUUUCAUUACACUUACAAGAUCGCAAAUUGAAAAAUAUAUUAAAGGAAUGUCGUCAUUUAAUUUAUGGGCCUUGUUCGAAUGUGAAGAAUUGACUAUAAAUAUGAGACAGAAAAAUGAUAAAGAUCACUCAGAAAUUUUAGCUAAAUUGAGACUAGGUUAUUUAACCAACUCUGAUAUAGAAAUAUUACAAAAAAGAAAGAUUUCUUUUUCCAUUCAUACUCCUUCAAUUUCUCUUCAUGAAUUGUGCGAAUAUUUGAAUAAUUUACCUAAUGAUACAGUAUGCUUGAUGCCAACUAAAGAUAUGUGUACAAUACUUAAUAAAACCAUGUUGGAUAAGUUACAAGCAGAAGAGAUAAAGUUAAUUGCGAAUGAUUCUUACAAGUGCCCCAAAAGAUUAGAAAAAAGGGUUUCGAAAAUUUUAGAUCAAGGCGAUGACAAUGCAUGCGGUAUUUCUCGAGUGAUCGAAAUAAAAAUAGGCUGCAAAAUUAUGAUACGAAGGAAUAUUGAUGUUUCUAUCGGAUUAGUUAAUGGAACGAUAGCAACAGUUAUUGCAGUGAGCAAAGGAAAAACAGGUAUAGAUAGCGUUACCAUUAAACUUCAAUCGAAUCAAGAGUAUUUUAUCAAACGAUUACAAUACCCAUUCCAAAUAAUGGAUCAAGUAUUCAUUAUUAGAGAACAGUUUCCUUUUUGUCUCAGUUAUUGA